GUCUUGCUUGUCUUGUGAAAUAGCUUGGCAACCCUCUGCUUCUGGGGACAGUGUGUGGAGGGGUCAGGGUCCUGGUCCCUUCAGGAGUUUUUCUGAGGUCCUACUGUGCCAGCCCAAGGCUGGUCAUCUCCUUGAGUAUCAGUACUGGGAGGAGGUUUAGAGCAGGGCCUCACAGGGGCCACACGGCCAGGGAGGGCUCCUGGGCUGACAUCCUCCCUCCAGAGCCUGCCAGGAAGCCUGCAGGAAGGGCCUGUUCCCUGCUGAGCCCCAGGUCACAGGGAUAUGGACUGGCCUUGUCCUGGGAGGACUUUAGUUCUGGGGAGGAACUGGCCCAUGGGGCACAAGCAGCAAGUGAUUAGGGCUCAGAUCAACAUGUCCUAGGCUCAGAGGCAGCCCCGGGGAUGGCGGUCAGGGAAGCUCCGGAAGGGAGAUGGCGCCGUGGCAGGGCUUUGAUGGAUGAGCAAGAGCUUGGUGAAGUGUCUGUGCAGGUCCAGGAGGGUAAUGAGCUGCUGAGUCGGCCGGCCCUUCCCUUGACCUCACUCCCUGAUCCCGCCAACUCCUGAGUGCGGGACACACAGGAGGUACAGCACAGCCACUGUGUGCCUUUUCACCACCACUCUCAGAGUGAGCUCCCCAGGGUCUGGCUUCCCUGUGGCAGUGCUAGGGCUCUAGGUCUAGGCCCGGUCUCAGGAGGGGAUGACAGCACCGGGCCUGUGGCUGGUCCAAAGCCUGGGCCUCGCGCCUGAGGCUUCCCUGCGUGGUAUGGGUUUGUGUCGGUUGCCCUUCCUCACUGUGACAAAGCACUUCAGUUAAGGAGCACAUGAGGAGAAAAGGCUUAUGUUGGAGGUUCCGUCCACGAUCGGAUGGAUCCAGGGUUUUCUGGUGGAGGUGGAGGUGGCGAUGAAGGGUUUUACGUGUGCAGCAGACUGCUCACCCUGUGGCCAGGAAGCAAAAGUGACCAGGGAGAGACUGGGGCAAGCACCAGGCCCCACCUCCCAGGGCCACAGGUGCUCGCUGCAGGGCCCAACCGGGGCCAGGCCUAACCAGAGCAGGCCCCUCUGCCCAGACCCUUCAUAGUCCAGGCAGCCCCAGCCCUCUUGCAAGCCUCAUGUGAGCCUGGGCACCUCUCAGCCUUGGCUCAGGCCAGGGGCCCUCCUCGGCCCCCAGGAAAGCCCUCCUUAGACUGAUGGCCAAGGGCAAGUUUGCCUGGCUCAUAGCUGAAGUCCCCCCAGGGCAGGGCAACAGGAGGAGUCACCACCAGACAGAGACUCAGGGACGUCACAGGCAAGCCUGGAGGAAGGUGCUCUGAGCCUCAGCUUCCUCAUCUGUAAGACAAGGGGUGCUCUCGGAUCAGUGAGGCCUCGAGUCAGGAAGGCAGCUGUGGGGUCUGUUCCCAGCUGGCUCAGCCCCAUUCCUGUGAGAUAGGCCCAUGUGGCUUCCUGGUUGUCCCCCAGCCUCACUGUCCUCUGACUUCCUUGCAGGUGUCUGUGGUGUUGCUGUGGGCUACCCCCUGGACACAGUGAAGGUCAGGAUCCAGACAGAGCCAAAGUACACAGGCAUCUGGCACUGCAUCCGGGACAUAUAUCGCCAAGAGCGGGUGCGGGGCUUCUACCGGGGCCUCUCGCUGCCUGUGUGCACGGUGUCCCUGGUCUCCUCUGUGUCUUUUGGCACCUACCACCACUGCCUGGCGCACAUCUGCAAGUUCCGCUACGGCAGCGCGGAAGCCAAGCCUACCAAGGCGGACGUCACGCUCUCGGGAUGCGCCUCGGGCCUCGUCCGUGUGUUCCUGACAUCGCCCACUGAGGUGGCCAAGGUCCGCCUGCAGACGCAGACGCAGGAGCAGCAGCGGCGGCCCUCAGCCUCGGGGCCCUCAGCCUCUUCUCCUGUGUGCCCAGUGCCUGGACCCAAAUACCGUGGGCCACUGCACUGUCUGACCACGGUGGCCCGUGAGGAGGGGCUUCAGGGCCUCUACAAGGGCAGCUCGGCGCUGCUUCUCCGGGAAGGCCACUCCUUCGCCACCUACUUCCUCUCCUAUGCCGUCCUCUGUGAGUGGCUCACCCCUGCGGGCCACAGCCAGCCAGAUGUUCUGGGUGUGCUGGUGGCUGGAGGCUGUGCAGGAGUCCUGGCCUGGGCUGUGGCCACCCCCAUGGACGUGAUCAAGUCACGCCUGCAGGCAGAUGGGCAGGGCCACCGGCGAUACCGGGGUCUCCUGCACUGUGUGGUGACCAGUGUGCGGGAGGAGGGGCUGAGGGUGCUCUUCAGGGGCCUGGCCGUCAACUGCUGCCGGGCCUUCCCGGUCAACAUGGCGGUCUUUGUCACCUAUGAGGCCGUGCUGAGGCUCACCAGAGGCCUGCUCACAUAGCCGCCCAGCAGCUGCCAGACGCUGUGAUAGCUGGAGGAGGCAAAGGGAGUGGUAGGGGGUGGGACCCCAUGAGGCCGUCACCCAGGACAGCUGGGGGCCAAUCUGCAGUAAUUGGGCCAAGGCCUGAGCUUGGCUGCCUGCUGCCCAGCACAAGAUCGGGUCGAGGGGCUGGUGAGCCCGAGAAGAGCAGCCCCUUGGGCGAGGGCCUGGGUCACAUGGGUCAUCUGCCUUUUGGUCAGUGGUUCUCCUUCUCCUGUUGCCUCUGCCACCACUCAGCUCCUCAGAACAGCCCCGCAUGGCCACCCUCUGCCCUCUCCCACCAGCUCCCCUGGUCCCCACGGCUGUCCCCUCUGAGGCAGCUUCACUGGCACCCCUGCCACAGGCAGUGAGGCCCGGCUGUCUGAUCUCAAGCCUGGCUCCUUCCCUGCCCCAGGCUGCCCAGGCGGGCAUGGCCAGGACAAUGCACCCACCUGGGGUUUGACUGGCCGGGGCAUAAGGCUGUCAUCCUUGCCCAGCUGGGGAGCUGGGCGUGGGGUGUAGUCAUCACCUCUGCCAUGGACACUGUGCACCACGGGAGGACCCAAAGACUCACCCGGAGCUGCUGUCAAUAAAGCAUUCCUGAGCUGCC